AUGUCAUGGUGGGGGAGGCGUGGGAAGGGCAAGGGGACGAAUGGCCAGCAGGAUGGAGGGGGAAGAGAGAAGGGGGGGGAAGCUCACGGGCAGGAUCAGGAGGUAGACGCAGAGGAAGUGCACGCUGCUGCUGUGAGAGAGCUCACAGCACUGCUGGCCACACCCGAGAAUCUGAGCAGACUAGGAAAGCUCAAGAAAGAGUAUGAAGGACAGCGAUCCUCCGUUGAGGUCCAGAUCUCGUUGUUGACAGGAAGGCAGACAGAGGAUGCUAGGACGGGCCUGAAUCGGCUCGAACAUAGUCGAAAACAGGUUGACACUAUCAUCGGGAUCAAGGAGAAGUUGGAGGCGAUCAUUGACCAGAGCGAAACGGCUCUGCCUGAGUACAGCGAGAUCCGUCAAGUAUGGCUGAUCAGAAGGAAUCUGCAUAGGACCUUACAAGACUUGGACCUGAUCAAAGCCAUGCCAACCGAGCUGAAGCUGGUUGAGGAGCAGCUGGAGAGGGCUGCUCAGAGCCCUGACGACUCGGAGGACGGCGACCGUGCCCUCCCAGACGUGCACAGGAGGCUACUGCAGCUGGAGAGACGUCAGCAGGCUGCUCUGUUCUCUGCAAGGAAUGUGCCGGAGAAACAUCAAGCUCUUUCUGAGCAGUUCUCGAACUUGGACCGCUUCUUCGAGCGGAUCGAGAGCAGGGUGCUGCAGAUGGUGGAGCGGCAAGAAGCAGCUGACGAGCAGAUUCGCACCGCCAUGCACGGGCAGUCGCCGUCCAACGUGGACGUGUCGAGCUCCAAGGUGCGGAGCUGGUGUGGGAUGAUCAUCUCGACCUUGAAGGAGUACAUGAGGAGCAAGUUUGACAUGCUCUGCCUAUCCUUGACGAGCAUGCCUGUCGUCGACAUCCCGCUGCUGGUGUCGGAGCACCAGAAAAUCUCCGAUGACAUCGUCACUGUCAAGGACGUCGUUGAACCAUGCUUCCCCCCUCACUACCACAUCUUCGAGCUGUUCGUGGAGACUUACCAUGCCCUCACCGUCGAGUUGGUCCAGGAUCUGAUGCAGACGCAUGUUGCCUCCUUCAGUCCCAGCGACAUCAUUGCGGUCGUCAACUGGUUGAGAGACUACCACGGCCAGCUGGAGGGACUGGAGGCGACGGUGAGCCCGGUGCUCACUGACGAUCUGGACGUUCUUUUGCAGGGUUACAACUACCAGACUGAGAGUAUGAUGAGGGGCUGGGCGAACCGGAUCCUUGAAGACGACCUCAAAGUCCCCCCGGAGUCCAUGUCCGACGGGAAGCUCUACACCAUCGCUCCGAUCGACUUGUUCAAGAUGAUCGAUCAGCAGUUCGAGGUGGCGGAUGCCCUGGGUCUGGAGAAGUCCAUGUACAACCUCGCCAUGACGGUCACCAACGUGCUGGAGGACUACCGGCUGUCGCUGAUCGAGAUGAUCACCAAGAAGUGGCGGGGGAUGUCGCUAGACCACAUCUGCGCCCAGGUGAACAACUCGGCCAAGUGCGUGGAGUGCUGCAUGGAGCUGCAGGAGGAGCUGGAGGACAAGAUGUCCUCUCACCUCUUCGAGAACAUCGAGCUGCAGUCAGUCGCCGACGGCUUCACCUCCAUCGCUCGCAUCGGCUCGGAGGCGCUGGCGAGGAUCGUGCUCGAGGACGUGCAGCCAGCAGUCGCCCGGCUGUUCACGUCCCGCUGGUACAGCGGGGACGACCGUCCUGGCGAGUCCAUUGUGGCGACCAUCGCCGACUACUGCGAGGAGUUCAGGGUCUACCUCCUCGAGUCGUACUACCGCAAGGUGCUGGUGAACAUCCUGGACGAGCUGGUGGUGUGGGUGGUGGGGCAGCUGCUGAGCGAGACCAACAAGGCUGACGGCGCCGCCAUCCCGAUCGACUCGGGGUUCUUCCUGGCGCUGGAGGAAGACUUCGACGGACUGUACCAGGGCUUCAUCGAGCUCGGGCUACCGCAGAAGAUGCUAACGUCAAGGAUCCGGCCGCUCGAGAUGCUCCGCACUUUCUGCUCCCUCAAGGUCGACUCGACCGAGUCCUCCAAGGAGCUUGUGGUCACCUGGUUCCUCAAUGUCCUCGAGCUCCACCCUGACCUGCCCAUGGACGCCAUUGCUCGCCUGCUGAGGAGGAAGCGGAAGCUGGACCAGAAGGCCAGGACGGCCAUCCUUCAGACUUGCAUCCACCUUGCCGCGGAGCAUGCGGGGGCAGAGGGCAAGGGGGACCAGGUCGACUUCUUCAGUAGGGUGUACAAGGAGAUGGGAGUCAAGCCGCUGGCCGACAAUGCCGUGAUAGAGCACGGAGUCGUCAACAUGGUGAAGUCGGUGCUGAAGAGGAGGCACAAAGGGGGCGCGAAGGCGGACGAGGAGGAGCAGAGCUCUCACAGCGCCUCUCGCUACCACCAACGAGCUGCCGACCGCCCUCUCGCCUUCUCGACGCUCUCAGCCCUCGGCGUUCCCCUGAAUGCCAUCGAUAUCACCCAUAAGCUGUACCUGUAG